AUGUCAUCUACAUUGAAAGAUAACCAAGAUCCUGAAACAACACCACCCACGCCAGAAACACCACCAUCAGGUACAGACGCAACCGAGCCUUAUAGUAUUUUCGAUGGUCGGCAAAGGGCAUUAAUCGUAGUAAUUGUCUCCACAGCUGCAACUUUCUCCGGAUUCGCAUCCAACAUUUACUUUCCAGCACUACCAACCAUUGCUCACGACCUCAAUGUUUCCGUCGAACUCGUCAAUCUUACUGUCACUUCCUAUCUGAUAUUCCAAGGAAUCGCUCCAAGUCUGUGGGGUCCUGUAUCCGAUGUGAAAGGCCGUCGUGUGGCAUACUGUUGCACAUUUCUCGUCUUUAUAGGGGCAUGCAUUGGCCUUGCGAAUACAAGAAACUACGCCACAUUGAUCGUCCUCAGAUGCCUUCAGAGCACUGGUAGCGCUAGUACGAUUGCCAUUGGAUCGGGUGUAAUUGGAGAUGUCACUACUCGCGCGAAUCGCGGAAGCCUCAUGGGUAUAUUUCAGGCCGGCCUACUCGUUCCUGUUGCCGUCGGCCCUGUGAUUGGAGGUGCUAUUGCUGGAUCCUUAGGAUGGAGGGCCAUAUUCUGGUUCCUUACUGCCUAUGGCGGUGGCUUUCUACUUGUUCUCGUACUGCUUCUCCCGGAAACACUACGCUCCAUUGUCGCCAAUGGUAGUCGGACUCCCUCGUCUCUAAUAGGGAGAUACCCCCUUAACAUGUAUCAGAAAUUGUCAAAGAUUGAAUGGAACCGCGAAACAUCAGCGGCAGCACCCGACGCAAAAAAGCGCAUUGAUAUUUUGGGACCGUUUCACAUCCUCAUCAGCAAACAUGCGACUCCUAUCAUCGUUUUCCUCUCAAUCUACUACGCUGUCUGGCAAAUGAGCAUCACUGCUAUGUCUACCCUCUUCAAAGAACAUUAUGGAUUGAAGGAGACGCAAAUUGGAUUGACAUUUAUUGCAAACGGCGUGGGCUCUAUGAUUGGGACGCUCAUCACUGGCAAAAUCCUCGACAAGGACUAUAAAAGAGUUAAAGCCGCCUAUGAUGCACAAAUGGUCCAAGGAGAUGCUGAAAAUGGCAGUGAUACUACACAUUCCAUCUCCAAAACCGAAGACGAUUUUCCCAUUGAGAAAGCCCGACUUCGCCUAGUUCCUGUCUUCUCUAUCAUCCAGUGUUUGUCUAUCCUCCUAUUCGGCUGGACGAUUCAAUACCCUCAUCGUGUGCACAUUGCUGUCCCAAUCAUCUCUACUUUCAUCACAGGUUGGACCGCCGUCUCUACUCAAUCUAUUAUCAUGACAUAUCUUGUUGAUAUCUUUUCGGACCGGAGCGCCGCUGCAAGUGCCAGUUUGAAUCUUGCUAGAUGUCUCUUUGCUGCUGGCGGUACGAGUAUAGUAAUGCCAAUGGUAAAUGGUAUUGGUGUCGGACUGGCAUUUACAAUCGCCGUAAUUGUUCAGUUUGUCGCUCUCCUAGGCCCAGUCAUCCAGUGGAAAUUUGCCGCUGGUUGGAGAAAGCAGUCCAGAGCGCAAAAGCAGUAA